GCGCAACAGACAGCAACGAUAACUGGCAACUGACAACAACUGUUCUCCCGUAUGUGGAGGGAGGCAAACUUUGAUGGUAGAUGCUUGCUAAUUCAGCCAUAUUUGUCAGUACAGUGUAAGGAUCAUAAUAAUUAGAGAAAAGGAAAAUGACAACUUUAACCGAGGUCCAACACAAUCAGAGGAGGGAGAAAUCUUUUGCUGGGAAGCCGAGACCAGUCAAGAGUGGCAUUGCAUUAGCCAGAGUCAAGCCGGUGUCACAUCGCUCAGAAGUGCUCCUUGAUGAUCAGAUUUCCUUGGUGACCCAAACCCAAGAUGAAUUGGAAAAAGCGAUGGUUUGUCUGAACAGCGCCCGGAAUGACCUUGAACUGAACAAGUGGAGGACAGAGGUCAGCAACCUCAAGGCCAAGUGCGAUGAGAUGAUUCUCAUACUUACGGUGGUGGCCAAGUUGAAGGCGGAGCUAAUGUAUGCCAAACUGGAGCUGGAUAAGGCGAGUAAGUCGGGAGGUGACAUCAGGGAGCCAAGACGGAGGGUGGUGAUGCUGGAAGACAGGAUGGAGGGUUUACUCAGCAAAUAUCGCAAGAUGCCCAGGAAAAUGCAGCCUUUGGCUGAAAAUGCAGACAAGAAGGACCAGCCUCAACAGGAUGCCCUCAUUGGCGAGGGGAGCACAGCAGAGGCAUUUUCUUCAGUUAGAGAAAAGCCACCCCCAGAGAGUAAAUCAGCCGUCCCAGAACAAAGAGAGGAACACGGUGGCGGGGAUGGGAAGGAGGUGCUGAAACCAGAACGUUCCAUUCUGAAGCAGGGAGCUGGCAGCAACAGAGGAGCUGGUGACGGUUCAACAACUCCCUCCGAAAAACGUGGCAGCGAGAGGAGGCUGUCUUUUGGGCAAGGUACUCCCACUGGGUCAAGAGAAAUUCUUGAGUUAAGACCAACUACAGGCACCUCAGCAAGUGAGGGAGUGGAUUCGGAAGACAGUGAUGACAGAGAUGAUGAUGGCAAGGAAGAAAAUGAAGACAGUGUAGAGGAGGGGAGAUAUGAAGACGACAAACUAGACAGCAAUGUCUUCAUCACCGAAGGUUCUCUGUCGGCAUUGGAUGCACCCUUUCAGCAGCUACCUGCUCCUCAACACCAAGAUGAUACUGCUGAAGAUGAUGACAGAGAUUUAGCCGCAGAGUAUUGGAUGUCACCACACCACAGGUUUGAGUACAGUGAACAAAGAGAUGUGAUAACCAGAGAGAAUCCUCUGUCUUAUCACAACCUUGGACUAGCUGUCCAGUCGUCUUUCAUUGAACCAGGGACGAAAAUUUCCUUACCCAAACGUUCCCAAAGCCAGCCAGCGACAUACCUGAACAGUUCACCACCCGCAGCGGAAGAGCUACCCUGGAGGCCACGUCGGCGUGGCAGUGACUUGCCAGAUGUGCACCUGGAGGGUCUUCAUCGUCAUGCUGACUUCAAAUCAUCACAGAAAAUAGCACUGGACAAGUUAUCAGAGCGAAUCCACAAGAUUUGGAACAAGAUGGAGGAUGCAACCAGGAAAUCUAUUGACUGCAGUAACAGCCAGAUUAGUGAGCUGAAGGGAUCCAUCAUUCGACAAGUGGAAAGCCGCUUGAGUGAAGAUUCAGCAAGUUCCUUUAUGAAGACUGACUCCCUCAAAACAAGCAGGUCCUCAGCCAGGGGCUUUGCCAAGGGUCCCGCACCCCCUUCAGACAAGGCCUCUGGGGAUGUCGUCAUUGAGGUGCCUAAGAGGCGAAAGGGGCUUGCAGAGGGGCCCAUGAUGGUGUACCAUCCCCGCCCAAUUCCUGAGCCUGAGAUGUUGCCACUCACCAGAACUGACCCUUCCAAGAAAUUCCCUCGGAUCUCGAGUGACUGGAACGACACUCGACAAGAGUCCAUGGACCCAACGCUGCGAUUGGUCAAUCAGAUGAACGUUGCCAAGGAAACCAACCUGUUGGUGUACAAGAGCAAGGACAAGAAAAGGAAGAGCCUGACAAUGUCUGCUGCGGCCAGACAGCAGCAGGAUACCGCAAAGAAAAGAUGGAAGUUGGCAAGCAAUCCGGCGGUGACAGUAGCAGCGGCUGUCGCCCAUGUCAACACCAGGAGGAAGCUCAGUACGCUGAACUUAGACAAAGACAGCCUCAAAUGGAAGAGAAUUUUGGAUAUUUUGAAGAGGUUGACAUCAGAAAGAGUAGAGGAACGCAGAGAUGCAGCCAUGCAUCUUGGCUCAUUAGACUGCAGCCAGAAAGAGGUCUUGUCAGCCCUUGUGAAAGCGGUACAAACUGACUCGGAUUUGAGGGUUCGGUACGAAGCUGCCAAGUCCAUGGUCUCCCUGGGGUACUGGAGCGAACAUGCACUGGAAGUCAUUGUCAAAUACAUGGAGGAGGGAAACCAGGAUGUCAGGUCAGAUCUGGUCAAGACUCUCAUCAAUGCCAGGCACAUACAGCUGGCUGAUAAGAAAAGCCCCCACACCAAGAAACUGAUCUCGAUUCUGAGGGACAUCUGUGGGUCUAAAGACUCAGGGGAUCUUGGCUUUGACUGUGCUGUCUGCCUUGGAUGCUUUGGUGUGUCUGAUGCCAGUGCCAAGAAGAAGCUGAAGGGAAGCCUGACAAGCAAAGACACCAAUGUCAUAUCAAGGUCGCUUGAGAUUCUCGUCAGACAGAUGAAUGCCCGGGAACCAGACGUUGUCAAGAUGGUCCUCCACCAGAUGCAAUUCUCUAAGUCCUGGAAGCAUAGGGUGGCUGCAGCCAGACUACUGGUUCUUCUUGGCACCAAGCACAUGAAAACAGAUGAAGAUGUUCAGAUGGUUUUUAACAUCUUGGAGAGAAGACUGUACGAUGACCCAAGCAGGGAGGUACGUAGUGAAAUAGCCACCACGCUGACAGCCUUGGAUCUGAGAGAACUAGUGGCAGAUCUUGUGGAAAAGAAGUUAGAGGAUGACGAUGAUGAUAGCAGAGCUCACGCAGUCAUAGCUGUGGGUGUCUUGGGCAUGAAGGCAGACAAGAUUAUCCGCACACUGCUGGAGAUGUUGGAGUUGGACUCCUGCGACUAUGUCCGCCUCCAGAUCAUCCGGACCUUCGCCAGCCUGGGCCUGACCAACAUCAAGAUCAUGAGGGCACUGAAGGAGAGGGUACGAUCCGAAGGGCCACUGGCAAGGGAGGCUGCCAAAUCGCUACAAAUCUUGAAUGACCAGAGAUCAUCUCAGGGCCCCAGGAGUGCCACCCGCACUCCUGACCGAUUGAGGAGCUCUUCAAAGUGAUCUCAUGUAUCUGAGAAUUUGCGAUGG